AUGAGCGUGGAAGUGAGAGUCGCAGGGCUGGGCCAGAGCACCACCGAGGUCACUUCAGCAGCGGCCGCGGCCAAAGAAGCGGGGGAAGCCUUCGUAGCAGCGUUACUUCGGGAAGAAGAGGCUGGUAGCAUAACCGCAUCGUUUGAGAGUUUGGAUGCCGCGUCCUCGGAGCUGGAGGAAGCGGAUGACCGAAUAUCGGCGUUCCAAGAAGACGUCCUAGUGAAAGAAGCCUUUACAAAGGGUACAGAUCUCCGCGAGUACGCGAAACAAAUAGCAAACGAACUUGACGCCGUCGAACAGGAGCACGUACUUGGAUGUAUGAUGGGAAGUCAGAGCAGCUUUCUUGUGCACAUGACUGAGCAAAUCUUCUUAGAUGUGAAGCAAUGUCAACCGUUCGUGGACCUGCAUCGCCAGAUACAGGCGUGUGACGAGAUCCUGCAGAGAAUGGAGAGCCUUAUGCAUGGAUUUCAAUCAGAUCUGGGAAACAUCAGUGCAGAGAUUCAGAUCUUGCAAGACCAGUCUCAGUCUAUGAACGUCAGACUAAAGAACCGCACGAGCAUGCAAACGAUUCUGAACAGUGUAUUAGACGGGGUGCUGGUCAGCCCCGACCUUAUCAGGAAGAUAUCCGAAGGCGAGGUCAACGAAUUCUUCCUUCAGCAUCUGGCGGAUCUCAACAAGAAGAUGGCCUACGUGAAAAGUCAGCAAGGUCAACAUAUCCGGGCUUUCAAGGAUGUUGGGCCAGAAUUGGAAAGAUUACGACUGAGGGCCGCCGAGAAAUCGAAAGAAUUUCUCAUAAAGCGGAUAGAGUCGUUACGAGCACCCAACACGAACAUUGCCAUCAUCCAGCAGAACAUCUUCCUCAAAUACAAGGAGCUCUUCUGGUUCUUGGCAGAGCGCUACAGCGACGUUGCGAUGGAAGUUCACAACCUCUACGUGAAUACGGUUGGGAACUACUUCCUGGUUUCGUUCGAGAAGUACAUGAAGUCUUUGCAGAAGCUGCAGACGGUGAUCGCGGACAAAUCGGAUCUCAUCGCAAGCGAAGAAAGCGGGAAGCGGGGUCUACCGGGUCUGCCCGGCAUCUUUGGCGCUAAGCAGGCGUUGAAAGACAAGACCAACGUUUUCAGUCUGGGGGAAAGACUGAAUGUGACGACCACGGCGGAUCCCGGGAUCAUCUUGACACAUAUUGCGGAAGAAAAGAAUAUUAAAUUCCCAUUCGAGGCAAUAUAUAAGAGCCUGUCGCGGUUGCUGAUGGACAAUGCGUCGUCAGAGUACCUCUUCGACACGGACUUUUUUUCGCCUCCCCGUGGGAAGAAUGCCAAGUUGACCAAGGAUGGCAAUGCUGGAGCUUUGACUUUCAGCGAGGUUUUCGAGCCUACGCUGAGGCUGAUUCAGGCAUUCAACAAAACAACAAUCGAUGCAAGCUUCGAUGGCGUAGGCAUCCUCCUCUGCAUCCGUCUCAACAUGCUGAACCUGCGCAUCAUGCAAGCGCGGCGGAUCCCAUGCCUCGAAAGCUUCAUGAACGCGACAAACAUGCUGCUUUGGCCCAGAUUCCAGGCUAUCAUGGAUAUGCAUAUCGACAGUCUGAAGAAAGCUAGCCCGCGGUCUUUGUUGCCGAGCAAGGAUGUGCAUCCGCAUUAUAUAACGCGUCGGUAUGCGGAGUUCUCGGCGUCGAUUUUGACGCUUAACCAAGGAUAUGAUGACGCUCUCUUGAUAAAUAGUCUGUUCCGCUUACGAACAGAGGUGGAGCACCUGCUCAUGCGGAUGUCCGGCGAGUUCCCCGAUCCCAAACAGAAGUUAGUAUUCCUGAUCAACAACCUGGAUUUGGUAGUGUCUAUACUCAGCGAACACUCCACCUCCUCAUUCGAGCAAGAAAAGUCCCACUUCACCACGUUAUUAGAAAGCAAGACCAACGAAUACGUGGACGAAGAACUCAAGCCGUAUUUCGCAAACCUGAUGCGGUUCGUGAGCACCGCCGAGUCGGGGUUGGACCUCGCUAGUCUUCAAGAAGAAAAUUUCGAGCGCAUCGCCGCCGAAUUCAACCAAAACUGGAAAGGCGCACUGGGCAACAUCAAUCAAUCUGUCAUGCAAUCCUUCGCCAACUUCCAGAACGGAGCACGGAUCCUGCACCACGCAUUGACGCAGCUGGUCCUCUACUACAAGCGCUUCAUGUCGUUGUGGGAUAAACGGUUCCUCAAUCGGAAACCGAAGGUGCAGCCUAUUGGAUUGCAGAGCGUUAUGGUGGAGAUCAAGAAGUUCCGGUCGAGCUUCCAGUGA